UGCUGAAUGACUAACCACUUAUAUCAUUAUCGUGCUCUGCCAAAACUGCCGGGUAAGGAUUGCCCAGAAGAAAAACAAAGGUAAUUGGGUCCUUCGCAUUUAAACUUCCAGUCUGGAAAUCUAACCAGGGGAUUGAGCAGCUGGCAGGGUAGGCCUGAUACAGAACACAACAAAGUUAAAAUGGUUUCUUUUUCGUUAUCAUGUACCUUUUUGCUGUAGCUUGAAAAUGAAUACCUGAAGCUCUGCAAGACAGAUUAAAACACAGACACCAGCAGUGCAUGCGAAGAAUCUAUUCCCAAGACCAUGAAAGGAUGCCAAGCCAUUCUGCUUUCCAUUACAUGAAUGUUAUACCUCCUGCUCCAAAGACUGCAAGGACAGAUUUGACUUUUAGCUUUUCCUUGCCAUCCUUUUCUGGGGGCACUUAGGGUAAGAGGAUCCCAGAUUCAGCCUGCCUGACACUGCUGCAGCCAAGCUGACAUACUGGCACAUCCAGGUUACCAGUGGUAUAAGGUGACCAUUCAGAUGCCUUGACCAGCACACGAGGCAACUGGAGCACAGCACUCAGUACACAAGCAAAAUGUCCAUCCAAGCAAAACACAAAUCAAGAAUGACAAACACCUGGCGAGUGUUGGCCAUCUACGUGAUCUUAGCUGCAAGUCUCUCUGAGCAACAAGCACUGAAGCAGGCUUGUCCUUCAUGUGAUGGCAGUCAGCUUUGUAACUGCUCCUCCAUGGGCUUGGACUUCAUUCCCCCUGGGGUCACAGCCAUAAUUACAGUGUUAAACCUGGCCCACAACGGGAUAAAGCGCAUCCAAUCCCAGGACCUGCAGCAGGCUGUGAACCUGAGAGCCCUGCUGCUGCAGUCCAACAAAAUCAGCUCCAUAGAUGAGGACUCAUUUUGGUCCCUGGAAAAACUGGAGCUCUUGGACUUAUCAAAUAACAGCUUGGCUCACUUGUCCCCUGUGUGGUUUGGGCACCUUUUUUCACUCCAGCACCUCCAUCUUGAAGGCAAUUCCUACAGAGACCUGGGGCAGAGCUCCCCCUUUUCUAGCCUGAAGAACUUGAGCUCUCUCCACCUGGGCAACCCGCAGUUCUCUGUGAUUCGGCAUGGGAACUUUGAGGGUAUUGAGCUUCUGCACAAGUUGUGGAUUGAUGGUAGCAAUCUCAGUCAGUAUGAGCAGGGAAGUUUGAAAUCAAUUAAGCAGAUCAAUCACAUGAUCCUAAACCUAAGAAAUGGUUAUAUAUUCUCAGAAAUUGUUAGGGACCUUCUGCACUCUGUCACUUGGCUGGAAGUGACAGAAAUCAAAUUACCAGUUGAAAGAAAAAGCUUGGUGCAGAAUUCUACACGUCCUUUUAGGAUACAAAAACUUACGUUUAAAGAAGCUUUCUUCACGGAUGAAACUAUUAGCCGAACAAUAGUGUCACUGAAGGAAAUCACCUCUUUAAAAGAGUUAGAGGCAAUUAAUUGUGUGCUUGAGGGGAAGGGAAUAUGGAACACUAAAGAAAUUGCAAGGAGUGGGCAAAGUUUUGUUGAAACAGUAACAGUAACAAAGAUAAUGAUUCAGAAUUUUCAUUUGUUUUUUGACCUGGAAGGUAUGGAGUCACAAAUAAACAAACUAAAAAGACUCAGUAUCGCAAGCUCUAAUGUUUUCAUGGUACCGUGCAAACUUGCAAGACAUUUUUCAUCAUUGCUGUAUCUGGACUUUCAUGAUAAUUUGCUUGUAAAUAAGCGUUUAGAUGAGACAAUCUGUGAACAUUCUUGGCCUUCAUUGCAAACUUUAAAUCUAAGUCAGAACUCUCUUAAAUCUCUGGAACAGACUGCAAAGUAUAUAUCUCGUCUACCAAAAUUGAAUAAUCUUGACAUUAGCCAAAAUAAUUUUGGUGAGAUUCCAGAUGUGUGUGACUGGCCAAAAUCCCUGAAAUAUUUAAACCUGUCCAGCACUCAAAUUCCCAGAGUAACCACCUGCAUUCCUCAAACGCUAGAAGUUUUGGAUGUUAGUGGAAACAACCUGAAGGAGUUUGGACUGCGGCUCCCACUUCUGAAAGAGCUGUACCUCACCAGAAACCAGCUGAAGACCCUGCCGGGUGCCGCACCCAUUCCAAACUUGGUGUCCUUGUCCGUCAGCAGAAACAAGCUGAACAGUUUCUCCAAGGAGGAGUUUGAGUCCUUCAGGAGAAUGAAGCUGCUGGAUGCCAGUGGCAACAACUUCAUCUGCUCCUGUGAGUUCCUCUCCUUCAUCCACCACGAAGCUGGGAUAUCCCAAGUGCUGGUGGGGUGGCCGGACAAGUACGUGUGCGACUCUCCGCUGGCGGUGAGAGGGGCGCAGGUUGGCGCUGUGCACCUCUCCCUGAUGGAGUGCCACAGGUCCCUGGUGGUGUCGUUGAUCUGCGUCCUGGUGUUCCUGGUCAUCCUGCUGCUGGUGGCCGUCGGCUACAAGUACCACAUGGUCUGGUACCUGCGGAUGACGUGGGCAUGGCUGCAAGCCAAGCGGAAGCCCAAGCGCGCCCCGCCGAAGGACGUCUGCUACGACGCUUUUGUCUCCUACAGCGAGAACGACUCCGACUGGGUGGAGAACACCAUGGUGCGGGAGCUGGAGCAGGCCUGCCCUCCCUUCCGGCUCUGCCUGCACAAGCGGGACUUUGUGCCGGGGAAGUGGAUUGUGGACAACAUCAUCGAUUCCAUUGAGAAGAGCCGUAAAACGCUCUUUGUGCUGUCCGAGCACUUUGUGCAGAGCGAGUGGUGCAAAUACGAGCUGGACUUCUCGCAUUUCCGCCUCUUUGAUGAGAACAACGAUGCGGCGAUUCUCGUCCUCCUGGAGCCCAUCCAGAGCAAAGCCAUUCCCAAGAGGUUCUGCAAGCUGCGGAAGAUCAUGAACACCAAGACCUACCUGGAGUGGCCUGCUGGUGAAGAGCAGCAGCAGGUGUUUUGGGAAAACUUGAAAGGAGCCUUGAAGUCAUAGAAGUCCGCAGCCCCCAUCUCAACAUAUUUCCACAAAAGGCUGCAUAUCACUGUGUCUUGCUGCUAAGAAUAUUUUCUUAUUUUUCUUUGUAACUGCAACUGGCUUUGUUUUAUAUAGAGAUAACUAUCAUUUUACCAACUGGAAAAGGCCUGUUUUAGGAUUUUCAGUAAUUUGAUGCUCUUGUCUUUAGAAGUUCCUGCCAAUAACUGUGAUAUUAGGAAACAGUGUUGGACUUGACAUACUUUUCUAAAUACAUUUUGCUGAGUGCAGGGCAUUUCUCUAAUUUUUACUCCUGUUACCACUAUCCCCAACUGGUUUCUAACAAUGCCAUAGUAAUUUUCAAAUUAAAUUAAAAGCUAUGGGCUUCAAUCAA